AUGGGGUCUUCCACGGCUUUGACGACUAAGGCGACCUCUGGCACUCCCUACCAGCUCGACAAGAGCCAGACGACGCAGGCGGAGAGGGAGAAGAAUGCGACCAAGAAGACGCUGAUCGGCGACAACGACGAGGACUCCGAUGGCGAGCAGACGGUCAAGAACGAGGCCGUGUGGCUCGUCCUCACGACCAAGAAGCACGUGGUCGACAAGAACCGCCUGAAGCCCGGCAAGAUCCCGAUCCCCCACUCGCUCAACACCAAGUCCUCGCUCAGCGUCUGCCUGAUCACCGCGGACCCGCAGCGCGCGGUCAAGAACAUCGUCGCCGACCCGUCCUUCCCCGCGCACCUGACCAACAGCAUCGACAAGGUCAUCGGAUACAACAAGCUGAAGGCCCGCUACGACAGCUUUGAGAAAUGCCGCCAGCUGCUCGCGGAGCACGACGUCUUCCUGGCCGACGACCGCAUCAUCAUGCGCCUGGUCCAGACCCUCGGCAAGACCUUCUACAAGUCCAGCAAGCGGCCCAUCCCCGUCCGCAUCGCCGCGAUCGAGAAGGUCGACGGCAAGCGGGUCAAGAAGGACGCCAAGGCGAAGAAGAGCAAGGACGAAGGCAGCGCCUUCGCCGCCCCCGAGAUCGUCGCCCGGGAGAUCGAGCGCGCGCUGCACUGCGCCCCCGUGCAGCUCGCCCCGGCGACCACGGCCGCCAUCCGCGUCGGUGCGUCCAACUUCACCGCCGAGCAGCUCGCCGAGAACAUCGACGCGGUCGUCACGGGCCUGACGGAGAAGUACGUGACGAAGGGAUGGCGCAACCUCAAGGCGAUCCACAUCAAGGGCGCUAACACCAUGGCCAUGCCCAUCUGGCUGGCCAGCGAGCUGUGGCUUGAGGACGAUGACGUGGUCGAGGAGGGUACCGAGGAGGCGGCCAAGGCCGUUGCCGGCGGCAAGAAGCGCAAGCAGAUCAGCGCGGGCGAUGAGGAGAAGCAGCAGCAGAUCGAGGCCCCCAAGAAGGCCAAGAAGGCCAAGGCCGCCGAGGACGACGAGGAUGCCGUGACGCUGGCGGCGAGGAAAGAGAAGCUCCAGAAGCAGAAGGCUAAGGCGCUGGAAGAUGGCGCGGCGCCUACGAAAGCCGAGGCUGGCGCUGGUAAGAAGAAGAGAAAACUUCCACCCAUCCAUUCCCCACCUUUCUUUCCCCUCUCUCUUCCUCUUCCUCUUCCUCUUCCUCUUCCUCUCUCCUCUCCAAGCUCUCCCCUCCCUAACCUCCCCACCCACUCAAUCAAUUUCGCCUACCUCAAGAUGCUUCCUCUCGCAAGAAACUCGGUGCUGCGCGCUGCCCGCGCCCAGAUCCUCCCCUCCACGCGCACCACCACCGCCAUCUCCUCCGCCGCUUUCGCCCGCCUGCUCUCCACCCUCGCCGUGCUCGAACAGCGUGACGGCAAGAUCCAGCCCUCCUCCCUGUCCGCCAUCGCCGCGGCCCAGAAGCUCGGGGGCCCUAUCACUGCCUUCGUGGCCGGGGCCAAUGUGAAGGCGACCUCCGCGGCCGAGGCGGCCCAGAUCAAGGGUUUGGACAAGGUCGUUGCGGUGGAGAAUGAGGCCUACGAGAAGGGCCUCCCCGAGAACUACGCCCCUCUGCUCGUCGAGAACAUCCAGAAAGGCGAAUACACGCACGUGGUUGCCGGCCACUCGGCCUUCGGCAAGAGUCUCCUGCCCCGCGUGGCAGCUCUGUUGGAUGUGCAGCAGGUCUCCGAUAUCACUGGCAUCGAGAGCGAGGAUACCUUCGUCCGCCCCAUCUACGCCGGCAACGCCAUCCUAACCGUGCAAUCGACCGACCCGAUCAAGAUCCUCACCGUGCGCGGCACCUCGUUCCAGGGCGUCGAGACGAGCGGCGGCGCCGCCGCCAUCGAGGCCGGCAGCGACCCCAAGGCCCCCCUGCAGACGGAGUGGGUGUCGGAGGAGCUGGCCAAGUCCGAGCGGCCGGACCUGGCGACGGCGCAGCGCGUCGUUUCCGGCGGCCGCGGCCUGAAGUCCAAGGAGGAAUUCGACCGCGUCAUCGUGCCCCUGGCCGACACCCUGGGCGCCGCCAUCGGCGCCUCGCGCGCCGCCGUCGACAGCGGCUUCGCCGACAACAGCCUGCAGGUCGGCCAGACGGGCAAGAACGUCGCCCCGCAGCUGUACCUGUGCGCGGGCAUCUCGGGCGCCAUCCAGCACCUGGCCGGCAUGAAGGACAGCAAGGUCAUCGCCGCCAUCAACAAGGACGCCGACGCGCCGAUCUUCCAGGUCGCCGAUGUCGGGUUGGUCGGGGAUCUGUUUGAGAAGGUGCCCGAGUUGACGGAGAAGCUGAAGAAUCAGGCUUAG